AUGACGGCGUCGGGCCACAGUUCCAUCAAGAUCGGCUCAAUGGAGGUGUCUCGACCGAUCGCUUUCACCUACCUCCUCACCGUUUUCUACAAUAUCACCUUUUUCCUGCAGUUCUCAGCCACACCGUAUCUUGUCAAACAACUCAAGCUCUCAGAUGCAGAUUUCGGUUCGUUUGAAACGAAGGAAGUGUUAUGUACUGAUUUUGCAGGUUACAUUCAAACGGUAUUCGGUAUUUUCCAAAUGGUCGGUGGUCCACUCUUCGGGUAUGUAAUCCAAAAGUUCGGAAUCCGGUACGCUCUCCACGUCUGCUACCUCUCCACUCUCCUCUCCGGGCUCGCACUUUUCUUCUCUUUUGUGAGUUGUACUAUUAUAAAUUGAAGAAAUUCAAAUAAAAACUAGAUUACAGAACUAUUACUCCCUACUUCUGUCGAGAAUUCCCGUAGUAUUUAUGCAUGGACAGCAAGCUCAUCAAACUCUUUUAUCUGCACUGACAACGCCCGGAAAGGAGAGAACGAGCGCGUUCGGACGAAUGGGACUCACUUUCGGUCCGUCCGUGUACCUCAUUCGUCUCCAUUUCUUAUUUCUUUACAGGAAUAGGAUUCAUCUUCGUGCCGGUGUUCUCGAUUGCAGCCACAAAGCUCGGCGGAGAACUGGCUCCACUGCUCGUUUCCGCCGCCCUCUGUAUCCUGCCGUCUUUGGUUCUGGAGACGUGCAUAAACCGGAAGGCUUACGAGCACGAAGUGGCAGAAGACGAUCCGAAUGCGUCGGCUCCUCAGAUAAACAUCACAAACGUCGUGAGGAUCCUUCAGAAGCCGGGAGUUCUAAAUGUGAUGGCAAAGAAGAACGGAGGAGUCAUUCCGUUCCUCAUGAUCAUUGCAGUGCUCAAUGUGAGUAGAUUCUGACUAUGUUUGAUUAUAAAAAGGUCGUUUCAGCUGUACAUAAUUGAAAAGUUCAAUGCGACGAACACGGAGAAUCAGAUAAUGCAAAUGAUGAUGGGCGUGUUCAUCAUGUUUUCCAAUGGCUUUGGAGUCAUUUGGCUGAGGAAGAAGUUCGACGAGCAGACCCUUCUGAUCAUUGGAUCCGCCAGCUUCGUGAUCGGCUACACUCUGUUCACAUUCGUCUUCUUCAACUUCUGGAUGCUCCUCCUCAUCAUGCCGUUCGUUUCUCUCGGAAUGAGCGUGGUUGCCACGUGUGCCGACAGUCUGCUCACUGCUCUCGUCGAAGAAUCCGAACAGGUAACUUCUGCUUCACAUCCUCGCCCCACCGCACUUUCAGGGUAUCGUGCUCGGCACUUCCACGUCGCUCAACUCGCUCGUCCGCACUUUCUCCCCGUUGUUCGCCGGUUCAAUGCUUCAAAACUACGGAUUCGAGUCGCUGACGAUACUCGGAGUUGUCGGAUCUCUUCUCGCAAUCGCGUUAAUGCUCGUGUCGCCGGUCGACGAAAAGCUUAUCAAGAAACAUAAAACGGAGUAA